AGACUCCCUUUAUAACCCAAAAUUCCCAAUUGGCAAAAUUAAAUCCCUAAAUCGAUUUUAACCCCCAGCUUGAUCGGUUCCUUACAGAUCCAUAACUGAUCUCUAAGAUUCUCUUCAACUACGCUCAGCCACAAAAGAGAUUCAUUGCAGGCCUUAUAUUGGGUUUAUUCCCUUUUUUGGGAUUCAGUUGUCGGAUAUGGUUUGAUUUGCUUGUCUUAAGGGUUUUUGGGAAAAGGGUUUGAAUUACUGGAAAUGGUUCUUGUAUUUUUGUAUCAGUAAAUUAUAAUGGAAUGCAAUUUAUCAUCAGGAAAUAUGAUGGGAGGGAAUAGUGGUUUUGAUUUGCAAGGUUCGACGAGGGCUAAUGUUCAACAUUAUCAUUCUCAUUUCCCUAAGGAUAUUUGUUUGGGUAAAUGUGCAAGUGAUGAAGAUGAAGCUGAAGGGAAAAAGGGGGGAAUCCCACAAUGGCAGCGUGUGAAAUGGACAGAUGAGAUGGUGAGGCUGUUGAUUACUGCUGUUUCUUAUAUAGGGGAAGAAGAAGAAUAUGGUGGAACAAGGAAAUGUUCUAAGAAAGGCAAAUGGAAGUCUGUCUCAAAAGUCAUGGCUGAAAGGGCUCAUUUUGUUUCACCUCAACAGUGCGAGGAUAAAUUCAAUGACCUUAACAAGAGGUACAAGAGACUCAAUGAGAUUCUUGGUAGAGGUACUUCAUGUGAGGUUGUUGAAAAGCCUGCUCUUUUGGAUGUCCUCGAUCACGUUUCAGACAAAGGAAAGGAGGAAGUUAGGAAGAUUCUAAGUUCAAAACAUCUGCAUUAUGAAGAGAUGUGCUCCUACCAUAAUGGCAACCGCUUACAUCUCCCACCAGACCCUGAGUUGCAGCGUUCAUUGCGUUUUGCUCUUCAAAAUAGAGAUGAUGACAAUAAUAAGCACCUCCAAGAUGAAGAUGAUGAAGAAGCUGAUCACGAAGAUGAGUAUGAAGACAAUCAUAGUGGAGGAGGCUUUUCAAAGAGAAUAAAACAAUGCCAGGGUCAUGAAACUGUUAAUCUCGAUUCUAAUAGGAGGACACUCAUUUCUCAGCCUCACACUGAAGGCAACAAAGCUGAUAUUCUACAGAAUCAGUGGAUGGAUCACCGCUCGCUUCAGCUACAAGAACAGAAGCUGCAUAUUCAGGCACAAAUGUUGGAAUUGGAGAAAGAGCGUUUCAAUUGGCAAAGAUUUAGUAGGAAAAAGGACAUUGAAUUGGAAGUUAUGAGAACGGAAAAUGAGAGGAUAAAACUUGAGAAUGAACGUUUGGCAUUGGAGUUGAAGCGAAAGGAGAUGCUUGCAGACAAUGCUUAGAAAUGUCCUUUAGAAGGAAUAUCGCUUCAGAAUCAUGUCUUUUUAUGAUAUUAAACUGCAAAUUUACUGCUUUGCCAAUCUGGCAUGUAUUCUAAAGCUAGUAGUUGUCCUCGUAAAAAAAAAAAAAAAAAAAAGAAA